CGAGCUGUCACCGUACGUCACACCGGGAUGUGGCUGGUGUGGAAGGAGGUUUUUAUACACUCAAAGUAAACUUCCCGAAACUUUUAGAAGCGUCAGCACUGAGUUGAGUUGGCUAUUAUUUAAAUAGGCCUAUUUAUCUCUUUACAAACGUUUCACACAUUUAGUCUCAUUGAGGCUAUCCAAACUUGUCAGGUCAGUUAGUCGGUCCAUAAUUUAUUUGAAAAGUAAUUUUUGGCAACUUGCAGGAGCAUCAUCAUGUAUCCAGAAUCUACAGUGGGGUGCAGCUUUGAGGAGUGCAGUGCUACAGCUGAAUGGCUCCUGUCCCGUACAGAGAUACGCCCCCUGGUGGGGAUAGUUUGUGGCUCAGGCCUGGGAGGCUUGGCAGAAAUGCUGAAAGACCAGAUGGCAUUUAAAUACAGCGACAUUCCUAACUUUCCCCAGAGCACAGUGCAUGGUCAUGCUGGCAGGUUGGUGUUUGGCAAGCUGAAAGGGAAAGCAUGUGUUUGUAUGCAGGGAAGAUUCCAUCUCUAUGAGGGAUACCCCAUCCAUAAGGUAACAAUGCCCAUGCGGAUUUUCAAGCUGCUGGGUGUGGAGACUGUCAUCCUGACCAAUGCAGCUGGAGGCCUCAAUCAGGACUACAAGGUUGGGGACAUCAUGAUCAUCAAAGACCACAUCAACAUGCCUGGGUUCGCUGGGAACAACCCACUGGCAGGACCCAAUGAUGAGAGGUUCGGGGUUCGGUUCCCCUCCAUGUCUGAUGCGUAUGACAGGGAACUUCUGCAGCUGGCACAAGGUGUGGGGGCGGAGCUUGGCUUUGGUGACUUCCUGAGAGAGGGAAUUUACUGCGUCCUGGGCGGGCCCUCGUUCGAAACCAUCGCUGAGUGUCGUAUGAUGAACAGACUGGGGGCUGACGCUGUGGGCAUGAGUACGGUGCACGAGGUGAUUGUAGCGCGUCACUGUGGGAUGCGUGUGUUCGCCCUGUCCCUGAUCACCAACCAGGCUGUGAUGGACUACGACAGCCAAGAGAAGGCCAACCAUGAGGAGGUCCUGGAGACAGGCCAGCUGAGGGCAAAGCAGCUAGAGAGACUGGUGUCCAACAUGGUGACCCACAUAGAGCACAACAAUAACGACGCCUGAUAACUCUGACUGACCCUGCUUACACCGUGUCUGUGUGGGUGUGUGUCUGUGUGUGGGUGUCUGUGUGUGGGUGUGUGUGUGUCUGUGUGUCUGUGUGUGUGUGUGUGUGUGUGUGUGUCUGUGUGUCUGUGUGUGUGUGUGGGGGGGGGGGGGGAAUCUGGCGAAGCCAAGCUGUUCUUUUUCUGUACUUUAACAUUCUUCAAGGUAGCUGUUUGUUGACAGUGAGAAUCAUUGUUUAAUGUUUGUUAUGAAAACAUGACAAUUCUGAGUAAAGUACUAUUAUUUAUGAGCCCUGCACUAAACGUUUAUAAAUAUAGAGCUGUAUUGAGGUGAAUUGACCCAGACUGACAAUAAUACAUUAAAUUAACUUUAUAUUUAUUUUUGUUCAGUUCAGAAAUACUUGCACGUUGUACAUUCCCUAACAAGUGUGACUAAUAUGUAGAUUUUAAAAUUAGAUGAUAUAGGUGAAGUAAAUUACCAAAACGUAAGGGUGUUCCUAUAAUAUAGUGGGCUCUAAAGUGCGUUGCAACAAAAUAUUUAGCUGUGCGAACUGCAGUUUUAAUUUUGGAGCACAGAAAGAAAGGAAAAGGGAUAGCUUCUUCAGGAGAUCAGUGAUUCUAGUAAAGAUAGUUUAGUAUGAAGAUGCCUAGAAACUGCUUCUCCAAUAGAAAUCCCAGAUCACGCAUGUAGUUAUGCGAUGUCCUGGCAAAGUUAGCUAGCUAAACUCAUGUGCAGAAACAUGUCAUUGGGUCGAACUGUCGUGUUGCACUGAACUGCGCAUUUGCAUCCCGUCAAAUCAGACACUCCUUCGAUAUAAAUGAAAACGUGCCAGUUUGUCACUUUCACAAGGUUAUGACAUGUUCAGCUACUUAAAACAUUGGCUCGAAUCUAGAUUGAAAAUCUAGAAAAUGAACAACUAAGGAAGAAUUUUCCACUUCUCUCAUUGAUUUCCCAAACCCCAGUCUGGUCUGUCGAGUCGGCUUUGCGAAGCGUUCCUGGAAGUAUCACAAUGUUGUGCCUCUCUGAGAUUAGAAACUCUGUGAUCAUAGCAAUGAGUGAAUGACAGUUGUGACUAGAGUGACUUUAUGUAGCAGGUUAGGAGAGCAUUUGAGCUAACCCUAGCCAUGUUAUACCCUUAACCUAAGUAUCGUAAUCAACCACGUUAGGUAUUUAUUUAUUUUCUCCCUAACUUUCUGCAUACGUUCUACUAACCGGCUAUGAAAAAGUCACUUCCGGUAAUGGCCGUACCCCUUUCUAGUCAAAAUCAUGAAGGACAGAUCUCUUGCAUGUAGUCAUCACAAACUUGACGCUCUUAAAGAGACACUGUACAAUUUUCAAUGUAAUGCAUCUCAAUGAGAAAAUUGUGCUUUUACAUAAUGUAGAAACCUUAUAUUCCCCACAUGACCGGUAUUUGUAUCAACAUUUUAGCUUUUUAUAAUAAACCAAUGUAUUUAAAGCAUAACAUAUUCGUAUCUAGGGCACAACAUGUGCUUCAGAAGUAAAUAGAGUUAAUAUAGGCUAUAUGCUCUUAAAAAAAUGUUGUGCUUCUAACUUUUUAAAGUUGGGAGCACCAGUGCUACCAAUGACAUGUUUGAAUUUAGAGCACUGACUGUAACGUGCUGUAAAGUAGCAGUGUGUUGGUAUACUAACAAUUAUGUUCUCUGUAUAUUUUUAAUACUUAUUUAUAGAAGCACUUUUUAUUGUGUAAUGUAUGCUUUUUAGUCAAUGUCUUAAAAGGGUUUAAACUAGAUUAUUUGACCUUCCAAACGGCGGGAGGUUUUAGCUUUGCCUUAUAAGAAUGCUCAUGAAUGUGUAUAUCGAUGGGGAUUGAAAGGUGAAUAUAGGGUAUUUUGUUGGUGCUACACUCAAGUCUUACUGUCACAAUAAACUGAAUCAACUUGA